AUGUUUAAUAAUUUGAAGAAUUUUUGGGAUAAGUUGGGUUUUCAUUGUAUUGGUAUUGAGGAAGCAGUAGGAUACAGGGGUGGCAUUUGGUUUCUAUCUUCUAUUACUAAUGCUUCUUGUGUGGUUAUUGACCAAAUUGACCAAUGCCAUACUGGACCGUGGAUGGCCGUUGGUGAUUUUAAUGAGAUUGUGGCGCCAGACGAAAGUACAAGUGCUUAUUUUUCUUCUCACAGAGCUAGUCUAUUAGCUGCUACUCUAGAUGACUGUGAGCUCUUUGAUCUUAAAGUGACUGGUAGGAGGUAUACUUGGUAUAGAGCAGUUCAGGCUGGCAGGAACUUGGCUAAAAAGUUAGAUAGAGCUCUAGUUAAAGAGGCAUGGAUGACAAUGUUUCCUGAGGAUUAUUCUGAAAUUCUUAGCAGGCUUCAUUCUGAUCAUUGUCCUAUUUUAGUUCGUUGUCAUGGUGGCCCCAGAGUGAAAGGUUCUUGUCCUUUUAUGUUCCAAGCUGCGUGGGCAACACAUCUUUCUUAUAAACAUGUUAUUAGUAAGGCUUGGAAUCAAGAGUUUGGAGGCAUUACUGAAAGGUUUAAGAUGGUUCAACAGGCUUCUUUGGACUUCAACUCAAAGAUUUUUAGAAAUAUUUUUGUACGAAAAAGUAAGCUGGAAUAUCAGAUUGAUCAGAUUCAACGGCGUUUGGAGGUUACCGAUGUGUUAUCUCUGAGAAUUAAAGAAGUUGAACUGAGGGAAGAUUACAAUAGGCUUUUAUUGCAAGAGAAACUUUUUUGGUACCAGAAAUCUAGGAAAGAUGGGUCUUGGUCUACUGAUCCAGAUAUUCUCCAGGAAGAAGUCCUAUCUUUUUACAAGAAUCUCUUUGGUACAACGGAAGAGGUUGAGGUUAAUUGUUUAGGGGAUGUUCCGAUGCCCACUCUAAGCAUCGAGGCUUGUGCUAGGUUAAUUGACCAUGUCUCUUUUGCGGAAGUCAAGUCAGCAGUAUUCAGUAUGAGCCCUUUUAAGGCUCCUGGUCCAGAUGGCUUUCAAGCUUAUUUUUCUAAAAUAGGGAAUAGAUUGGAUAGUUUUGCUCCUAGAAGGGGCUUAGACAGGGCGAUCCAAUGUCUCCUUACUUAUUUGUGCUUUGUAUGGAAAUACUUGCUUGCUAUAUAUCUCAUAAGGUGGUCGAGGGCUACAAAGAGUCAGGUCCAAAUGGUCAUGCAUUCUCUUAACAUUUUUUGCAAGGCAUCUGGCAUGAAAGUGAAUCUUGAAAAGUCUAAAGCUUUUUGUUCUAAAAAUGUGACUGCUCGUAUAAGAGAUAUUUUUACUAGUGUUUCUUCAAUAUGUUUUGCUUUGGACUUAGGAAGAUAUCUUGGAGUUAACCUUAAUCAUUUUCGUACCAGUAGAGCUUCUUUUCAUUCGGUUAUUGAAAAGGUGAAGGGAAGAUUAGCUAACUGGAAAGGAAGGCUUUUAAAUUCAGCAGGGAGACUUUGCCUGAUCAAUUCUGUUGCAGCAUCCAUUCCUGUCUAUCAUAUGCAGGGUCAAGUUGAUGGUAGAGGUCUUUCUCUUGUUAAUUGGAGGACCGUGAUCACUCCAAAGAAAUUUGGUGGCCUGGGUGUUAGAGAUCCUGCGUGUGUUAAUAUAUCUUUACUUGGUAAAUUGGUUUGGCAACUUUUCCAUUGUCAGGACAAGCCUUGGGUUGCUCUAUUGAGGGCGAAGUAUCUGAAGAAUGAGGGAGUUUUAGAUGGUCCUAUCACUUGCAACGCUUCUCAUGUUUGGAAGAGUAUCUCAAAGGCUUUUGGUGCUCUUAAGGAUGCUUUCUCUUGGUGCAUUGAGUCACUUAAUCAAUCUUUUUGGUUUGACAAUUGGAGUAUUGAGGGCCCAAUUGCUCAAGAUGUCCCUUUUGUACAUAUAUCUGACUCUGAUUUAACUAUUAGAGACGUUUGGAAAGAUAGUCAAUGGAAUCUCCAUGAUAUUUUCUCUAUCAUUCCAGAAGAUGUCAAACAGCGUUUGAAUGCUUAUAAUCCGGAUUUGAAUGCUGGAGAGAGUUCGGGUUGGUCGGGGGGUGUGGCAUCUUCUAGACUCUACUAA